AUGGCUCCAAUACAACAAUCGCUCACUCCUCCAACUAACGUUUCUCCAGUUGAAUUAUCAAAUCAGAUAGCUCUUGGUGAAUUUAUAUUCUAUAGAAUAUCUCAAGCAAACCCAAAACUUAAAACAAUAUUUGGUAUUCCUGGUGACUUUAAUGUCGAUUUGUUAGAACAUGUCUACUCUCCAAUUAUCACCAACAAACAAAUCAAAUUGAUCAAUCCUUGUAAUGAAUUGAAUGGUGCGUAUGCUGCUGACGGUUAUUCCAGAGCUAUUGGUGGAUUAAGUGUCUUUAUUUCAACUUAUGGUGUUGGUGAAUUGUCUGCUAUUAAUGGUAUUGCUGGUGCAUUUGCAGAAUAUUCUCCGGUAUUGCACAUUGUUGGUACCACUUCAAUCAAAGAUAGAUUGAAGGCAGAUACAGGUGUUUUCAACAUUCAUCAUUUGGUUCCUAACAUCGACUCGUUAAAGUCUCCUGAUCAUGAUGUUUAUAAAUCAAUGGUGGAAAAAAUUUCUGUUAUCCAAGAAACAUUGGAUUUUGAUGUUACUCAAAAUUUGAUAAAGAUUGACAGGAUUUUAAAGAAAAUUAUCCAAGAAUCUAGACCAGGGUAUUUGUUUAUACCAUGUGAUGUUCCAGAUAUUAAAGUAGAUACAAAUCAAUUGUUCUUGAACCCAUUUACUGCUGACACAAAGUAUACCAAGCUGGCCUUGGCAGUUGAAGUUUUGGAAGAUGUUACCGACAACAUUCUUGAAAAAUUCUACCAAUCAUCAAAACCAUCUAUAUUUUCCGACUGUUUGACUUCAAGAUUUGGUUAUCAAAAAGAACUUGAUAAGUUCAUCAAUAAAGUACCAAAAACUGUUAGAUUGUUUUCAUCAAAUCUUUCUCGAAAUUUGGAUGAGACUCAAAGCAACUUUGUCGGAGUUUAUAAUGGUAGAGGCUCUUCUGAUGUUUAUGUCAAGCAAGAAUUUGAAUCAUCUGAUUUCAUUUUGGUGUUGGGAUUGUUUGACAAUGAAAUGAAUAGUGGUGGUCAAACUACUAAUUUCAAGAAUGCCAAGGCUUCUGUUGUUGUUCAUCCAGACUAUAUAAAGAUCAAUCAUCAAAUCUACCACAUCAAACAAAAUGAUGGUGAAAGAUUAUUCACAUUGGGAGAAUUACUUGAAUUUUUAACCUUCAAAUUAAACCCAUCCAAAGUAUCAGCAUUGCCAUCUGACAUUUAUCAAUUUAUACCACAAUCCCAAUGCAAUAUGUCUGAUUUACCAUCCAACUAUAUUCCCCAAGGUAAACUCAUUGAUUAUUUCAACAACUCCCUUCAGCCAAAUGAUUUAGUCAUCUUAGAAACCAUGUCAUUUGUAUUUGCGCUCCCAGAUUUGAAAUUCCCAUCAAAAACGCAAUUGUUAACUUCUCCAUUCUAUGGAUCAAUUGGUUAUGCUGUUCCUGCUGCAUUUGGAGCAACUGUUGCUGUCAAUGAUUUAGGUUCUACCAGAAGAAUCAUUGUUGUACAAGGUGAUGGUGCAGCACAAAUGACUGCACAAGAAUUAUCAAGUUAUGUAAGAUAUAAGGAUAUUUUACCAAAUAUGCCACAAAUAUUCUUGGUUAACAACGAUGGAUAUUCAAUUGAACGUAAAAUAAGAGGUCCAACUAGAUCAUAUAAUGAUAUUAAUGGAAAAUGGAAAUGGGCUGAUUUAUUAGGUGUGUUUGGUGGUGUAAAGGGGAAGAUGUAUGACUCCUGGGUGUUGAAUAAUACUGAUGAAUUUGAAACUUUCUUCAAUGGUAAACCUAAACCAAAUUCUAGUAAAUUACAAUUCUAUGAAUUGAUUGCUGGUAAAUUUGAUGUCCCACAAAGAGUAGACAACAUGAUGUGCAAGAAUUAG